AUGUUCUUUUUCGGAGGAUUUGCUACUGUGGAAAUUUACCUCUUGGCCUCAAUGGCCUUUGACCGCUACUUGGCAGUGUGCAGACCCCUGCAUUUCACCACCACCAUGACAACAUGUGUUUAUGCUUGUUUUAUAACAGGCUCCUAUAUAUGUGGUUUUCUGAAUAUCUCUAUCCAGACUGGGGAUACAUUCAGCCUCUCUUUCUGUGGGUCCAACGUGGUCCACCACUUUUUCUGUGAUUUUCCAGGAGUCAUGGUUCUCUCCUGCUGGGACAGACGUGUUAGUGAGAUGGUUCUUGUUUCUGUGGUGAGCUUCAACAUCUUCUUUGCUCUCCUGGUUAUCUUGACAUCCUACACAUUCAUAUUCAUCACCAUCCUAAAGAUGCGCUCGUCUGCAGGGUACCAGAAGGCUCUCUCCACCUGUGCUUCCCACUUUGUUGCAGUUUCUAUCUUCUAG